AUGAAUAUUACGGAUAACGGAGGUGAUAUUGGACAGCCGGACGUCCUUCCAACGGACAUCGGACAUCUUCCGCCAACCAACAACUCAGUCCCGACGUUUUACUUUCAUCAGACGGCACAAGUCGCUUUCAUGUGCGUCCUGUUUCUGGUCACCAUGAUAACAAACACCUUGGUCUUAUUCCUCAUAUUUUUAUCCAGGAAGAUCAAGUCUAGAAUGAAUAUGUUUAUCGCCAAUCUCGCAUGUGCAGAUUUACUGGUUGGGAUUUUCUUCAUUUUGACCGACAUAUUGUGGAAAAUCACAAUUGAAUGGCACGCCGGGAACAUUGUCUGCAAAUUGAUCAAGUUCACACAGACGUUUGUCAUCUACGGAUCUAGUUAUGCACUCGUUGCGCUAACCAUUGACCGACUAGAAGCCAUCGCCAAACCGUUGAACUUGCAGACAAGAAACCGACAUCACCGGGUGCUAAUCAGUCUUGGUUGGUUUUUCUCCUUCCUAUUCUCGCUGCCACUCCUUCACUUGUACAACGAAGAAGUCGUGGACGGAGGCGUAGACGGUCCCAAGGUACAAUGCUGGAUGUUCCUUCCGGAGCCAUGGAUGUGGAAGGUUUACAUCACUCUUAUAGCCAUGGCAAUAUUUGUGGUCCCAGCCCUGAUCAUUAUGUUUUCGUAUCUGUUCAUCAUCUGUAUAAUCUGGAGAAAAAACAGUUCAGCGUUAUCCUCACACGAAUACAGCUGUGAGCGCUACCUACUGACUACUACUACAUCGGCAAAUGGAACUACAUAUGGUACCCCAUCUUUAGUACUACAUCGCACACCUAUACGAGGCAAUCGGGCUGACAUUGGCAUGAGUUCAAGGGGGAUCAUUCCAAGGGCUAGAAUAAAAACAAUCAAAAUAACAUUCGUUAUUGUUUUAGCAUUUGUACUAUGUUGGAGCCCAUUCUUCGUGUAUGAUCUGUUGGACGCCUAUGGUAACAUAAAGAACGGCACACCACAAAGCAUUGCUGUUAGUACCUUCAUACAGAGUCUCGCCCCUCUUAACAGUGCUGCCAAUCCCAUCAUAUACAUUAUCUUUAAUACUCAGAUGUUUGCAAAAUACUGCUGUAAGAGCUAUGGAACCCAAUCUCCCUCCAGAACCUCCAUUUCGCAUGUGUGA